ACUUGACUUAAAUUAAUUGGUUGAAUUAAUUAAAUUUAAGGGCUUAAUUCGUUAAUUUCACAAUCCAUCUGUAUCAUCCCACAGCCCGCCACAACACAACGGCCGCGCCCGAACCGCGCCUCCGCCACUGUCACUCACUACUGCCGCUUCGUGGGUACAGCUCCGGAUGACCAACGUAUUGGAUUGCGUAUAAGAUCAUGCAGUCGGUAUCAGGGCUUGCGAAGUGCAUAUAUUCGUUCCCGAUAUGUUGGACGCGGUGAGCACGAUGAGGCUGGGAAGCAAGCUCAGUUGUCUGCCUGCCUGUUGGCACAGCCCGCCGCCCUGUCUCACCUCUUUCCUUCCUUCAAACACCAACAACGGCAAACACAACAAAUGAUUCCCAACACAAAUGUAGGGAGGGGUAUCGGUGUUGGGAAAUACAGAACACCUCCAACAUACUGAACGUUUUUGACGUUGGAGACCGUUAUACCUGUUUGUUUGUUUGUUGGCCUUUCGUUGGUCUUGACCAGGUUGGACUAUCCAUUCACCUCUCACACGCUUCCAUCUCAUAUCAACCUCAGCCUCCACCUCAUCAUCCUCCUUCUUCCAUCGCCGUGAAGCCGUGCCCUGUUGCGGCGUGCACUGCGCCUCUCUGUAUGUUGACAGCUUCAGCGAAGCAAAAGUCAACCGUUUCUUGAAAAUAUUCGUCCUAUCAGCCCAGUGGCCUGCUCACUUCAACUUUACUUUUACCUUUAACUGAAUUUCACAUACCAAUUCAUCUUUUAUUCUAUGUGAUACCUGAAUAUAGAAUAGAAAUUUACAAACUUCUUCACCAAGUACGGAGACCUAUUCUGUCUGCUACCCCUUAAAAGUUGUUUGCUGCUGGUCUUCGUUGACGGUUAUUUACCCCUCCAAUCGCUCACAAUACUCUACCCUCUUCUUUCUCUAUUUACACCACAUCAAACAGUUGCACUGCCACCACAAGCAACAUGACUCCACACAUGGAGGAACCUGCCGCGAUGACUUCCGACGGCGCCCCAACAACAGGCCCUGAGAUCAACGACAUGUCUGAGGGUGACCGUGGUCUCCGACACACCUCAGAGAAGCUGACGAAGCUUAGACCAGCCCCGAUGUCGCCAACGGGAUCUCUCCGACCUGGUGACCCAGCUGAAGCUGAAGCGGUUGCCAGUGCCCAAACCUCGGAAAAUCUCACAGUUGAACAGCGCCCGGAAUUGACAGGAGAACUCACAGCUAUUAUUGUCGACAAAGGUGAAGAUAGCCAUGGACUUGACCAAACGACGGAAAAGAGACCAAGCAUUGCAGAAGGGAUGGAGGACAAGAAUGGAGAGGCUGUGUGGUCCACCGAAUCCCAAGCGGCUGGCCCAAGUGCCAGCGCUCCAGUGGUAGCGGGGGCGAAGAAGAAGAAGAAGAAGAGCAGCGGAAAGAAGAAGAAACCAAACCCAACUGGCUUCGAAGAGUUCUACGCCGACCCUCCAAUCACGCCAGAGGAUCAUAAGGAGGAAGUGGAACAGUUAUACCACUUCGCUCGUCCAUUUGCAGAGCGGAUUGAGACGUGCAUUCAGCGCUACCGAGCCAGACGCAAGCUUGAUGAAGAGCGUGCGAAUAUAUUCAACAAAUACAUAUCUUUUGGUGGCAUUGACACAACGAUUAAGGCAUUCACUGGAGGAGUGGACAACGAGGCACUGGAAGAUUUCGAUGGCCCCACGAUCGCUGAUAUCAACGCCACCGAUGUCAUGUACGGCGGCGACGAGGCGGGCAGUAAAUUCUACGAUCCUUGCGCGCCGCAAAAUUGGGUGGUAGACUUCGAAGGCAUCGCCAAAGCAUUCCUAUCCUCCAGAGCCCCAUACAACUUCGGCAUCCACAACCAAGGCCUCGUCAACAAUUACUGCAACGUGGUCAAGAACUUUCUCAACUACGUCCUCAUGCACGGCGUCUGCCCAGAGUACACCAAAUCCAUUAUCGCCGCCCAAAAGGUCUGCGACCUCGCCAAGUUCGAGCUCCCAGCCAUCCACGACGUCGGCGCCUCCUUCCCAGGCAACUUUCACAAAGCCCUCUCCAUCAUGUGCCACGGCUGCUCCAGACUCCUAUACAUCGACCCGGCCUCGAUCCCUGACCAUCCCGCCGACGCAGACCCGAACCAGUACAUGUCGAUCGACCAGGCGCACCGCACCUUCCGCGCAGCAAUGGCGCUCAUGGGCACAGCUGAGCAGUUCGCGGCCGUUGCCGUUACGAGCCUCAAGGAGUACCAAGCCCCGGCUGUUGUUUCCGAGGAGCUCCGUGGCUUCGAAGUCGUGGGCAUUACCCUGCCUGGCGAGGCGCUCAGCAAGAGCUUUGCUGGUAUUCGCGCCGCAGAUGGUCGCACUGGCACUAUCAAACCCGUCGGCCUUCUCGCCUGCAAUUCAUGGACGCAUCCCUACCAGCCCACGCUUGACCUCACCAUUGAAGAGGAGCAGGGGCUAGCGGCGAACCCGCCAGUGUAUGGCGACGAGACGUUCUGGGUGGACGAAGACAUUCUGGAGCGCUGCUUUGCAGGGAUGAAGUUUGUGGGCGUGGUGAGGGAGCUGGAUUUGGGGGUGAGGUAUUUGGACAAUGUUAUUGUCAUUUACGCGAGCUUCUACACGUUUGUGGAGAAUGAACGCAUGGUGAACUGGAAGGCGCCGAAGGAGAAUGAGAGGUUGCCGCCUUCUUGUGAGGAUGCCGAGGUGACGGAUGCGGAGGGAGAGGGAGAAGGGGAUGGGCUUGAGGAGUAGAUGGUUGUUUCUCGGGUUUCAAUGCGAGCUAGGUAUUAGGCUCGCAAUAAUUACUAGAAGCAUUAUAGCCCCCCAAUAGGAAG